AUGGACGCUGGUGGCUUGCUGUCAAUGCGGCUGGCGUGCCUCCGACUAGCACUCCCAUUGACAUCCCGAAAAAAUGACACCCUCGUGAAGUUCUACACGCCAAUUGCACACCGGACCGUAUUUUCACGUCACCGGAGACUUGUUCCAUGUAAUUUGGUGGCUAGAUCCAGUACCUUAGCUCCCGAACACACCGUUGAAUGUCCAAAGUGCCAUCAAAGCUCUGGAAAUAAUGGGAUAGCAGACGACGUAUCUUCCGCCGAAAAUCAAAAAGCACUUUCCACCCCACCGCCACAAUCCCUCCACAUAUAUGAGCAAAGGGCAGCCAAUCCGGGCCUACCGGAUCGGAUUUCAAAUUACUUGGGGCCUACCCACGAUGUACUCGACCCUAUGAGGCUUGAAUUUGAGUCGAAUGUCGGCAAUCUUGAGCAUAUUGGAAGUAAAUUGAUCGACGAUUUUCGUUAUCAGCAAGACUUUCAUCUCUGGAGGGUACUUCUAGAAUACCGCCAACGGCACUAUGGCGACGAGGGGGUUGUGCAUAUAUGGAAGGGAUUAAAUGGGAGAUGUGCUGAGCUGGGUCUUCCAGUCGAAGGAGAUGAUGCUGAUUACCUAUGGAAGACGUUUAUUUCCAUUGGCUUGAAGCAGGAAUGGCUAAUGAGGGAAAUACAGCUUCAUGGGGAAACAAUAUGGAAGGCAACGAGGAAGAGAUGGCACCCAUUCUAUGAAGAGGUUAUCGGCGGUUAUUUCAAGUUACACCUACCACGAGAAGCCCUGCGUUGGCAUCUGAAGCUGAAAGAGAUUCAUCUCGAACGGUCAAACGAAGUCAUUUGUAUUCUUCCUCAUGCCAUGACGACCGAACAUGGCGUACGCGGCUUCAGGAAUAUCUGCCGGAGUCUGGAGGGACACCAAAUUUAUAGCUUUGUUGUUCCUAUUCUUUGGGAAAAGGGUAUGGUAGGGGAUGCCCUUGCUAUGCAUGAAUUCUUGGUUUCCCGCCGUGACGGCCCAAAAUCCCUGUCGGAAAUUGAGCCUCUAUUAAGAUAUGUUGAGAUGUAUGGGUCAGAAAAGCAGCACAAUUAUUUCAUGCAGGAAUUAGUUAAAGCCGGUCUUAUGGAUGAUACAUCUAUCGAUGCAAAGCAACAUCAACACCAUACCCCGAAAGCAGCAAAAAAAUCCACUAAACAGCCCUUUCGCGACGAUUUUGGAGCUCGGUUGUUCGCAACUAAAUCCUUAACCUUCGAACUUAUCCUUGGGGGCUUCAAGAUGUUUGGUGUUGAUACGAUCGGCCCUUUAACGUUACGAGAAAUGGCUCUAAGAACGGUUAACAUGAAGGAGUUGGUAUCCCAGCUUGCCGCCCUCCAAUCAUCCGGGAUCUCUACUGGAAAAUCUGUUUUUUCAAAAUUGGUUAUUAAGUCUGUCCAGGACAGAAAUACGGCAUUGCUACGCGAUAUUCUUGAGAGCGAUCAGCACCCUGAUGUAUUUGAAGACCUAGAAACGCAAAAAGUGCUUCUUGCCAUGUAUUCAAGAGCCGGAGACUGGCCCCAGGUCCAUAAAACUUUGGCUAUCAUGUCAAUGGCAUCAGAUUCACGACGUGAGAGGCAUGACGUGCUGUUUCGAGAUGUUGUGAGAACCGGCAAUGCAGCUUUAAUUAUACAGCAACUUGAGUCGAUGAAAGAACACGGUCUUUGUUUGUCAAUAUCAACUGUGGAAUCGAUGGCCCGCGAAAUUCUUCCUGCCCGACCCAGCGGCUACAGCCCUCCUCGGGAUUCAGCAUCUAUGAAUGAUCUUCGGUUUUUGAUUUGGCUAUAUCAACAAGUAAUAAUGUCUGGAGGGCAUGUCCCUCCAGAAUCCUGGCUAGAAUGCUUGAAACGACUCGGCAUGUACAACCUUUGGGAUGAGUUGGAAAAGCUCUGUUUCUGGCUGGUGCCAAUUUACGGACCCCCCAAAAAAUCCACUUCCGAGCCAAUUGACGGCAUUAAGCCGCCCAAAGCAGGCACUCGAAAGGGCUCUGAUUUGUUGGAACACCUUUUGCCUGCGAGUCACCCAAGAUCGCCUCUUAGACGGAUCUUUGGAGUUCAGUUGCAGCAUGCUAUCGUUGCUUGGGGGUUCAGCAUGCGCCCCUAUGACGCCGAAAAUACUAUUAUGCUCAACCCAUUCGGCAAUGAGGGCGAGCAUCUGAUCCCAUGGGCCCGUGGAAUCGUUCUCCUUCGCCAAUUAAAAGACAGGGGCGUUAUUGUACAAACUAAUACUAUCAAAAGCGCCAGCCGUAUGCGCCUGGCCGCACUCUUCUCCGAUAACCGUUCUUCGCGUCGCAAAUACAAUCGUCUACUUCGGAAGAACAAUCCAUGGUCUCUGGAGGAACUCAUGCAGAGUAUAGACCAGGCGUGGGGGAAGCCUGUAUUUUCUGAAUAUGAAGGGGACCUUCACAGGCUAGUGAACCCUAGGCCUAAGGUUCGACAUGCACCGUUUCGUUCCCGACUACCAUUCCAGACCCCCCCGGUAAAUUUUACAAAUUUCUAG